UAUGUACAUGGUAGGUGGAAUUAUAACACAGUGAACUUAUGUGUGUGUUUGUGUAUGUCUGGGUGUUUAUCAGGUUUACUAGCAUCAGUACCAACAAUCCAGGAAGAGGCAGAGCCACCAAUGACCGAUGAGUCCCAGACCAGCAGUGGCCCUGAUUCUCCUCCCACAGUUCCUUUUGACAGUGCAUCAGCUGGCUGCUAUACAGCACCUGAUUCGUCCACAGUUUGUGUAUCCUCCUUUGCCCCACAACUAGAUCUGGAUGACAGAUCGAACAGUCACCCAUCCCAGACACCCUGCACCACUUCAGGCUCACACACACAGCCCUCUGCAGCCGUAACAUCUACAUCUGCUAACCAUCCACUGUCCACAGCAGCUCCUCCCUCCCCAGCUUCAACACCAAUCCAGAGCCCUUUGUCAAGGUCAAAACCUACCUCCCAUUCCUCUUCAUGUCCCACCUUGUCUCCAUUCCCCAGUCCAGCCAUGACCCUGCCUCAGACUUUUCCAAAGAGGAAAGGCCUUACCAGCAAGGUGCGUCGCAGCCAGAGGCAACGAGACCGACAGAGCUGCACUAAGUUAGACAGGGAGGGAGAGAGGAGAGCUGAGGAGGAGGAGAGGGAGGAAACAGGAGGGGAGGAGAGAAUGGAGGAGGAUGUUGAGCAAGAUGUGGAGAGAAUGGAAGAGGAGACUUCUGGAGAAAUAGCAGGACAUCAGCAGUAAUACAAGGUACAAUAUAUAGAAUCUCUAUUAACAAUGAAAGUCCAGAAAAACAUUUGGCAAGAGACUUAUUGUAAUAUAUGAAACAUAUUCUAGAGGGCAUGACGGCUAUAUUUUAUCAAACAUUGCCAUGGUGUUUGGAAAUUAACUGCUAAUAUAAAUAGUAAAGCUUCAGCU